GUAGCCGUGGAGUUUAUUUGUAAACAACAUGGCACCUGUAAAAGUAAAAUUUCCAAGUUUUGCAAGUAUUUCUCCUAACUUAAAAUUAAAUCGUUGAGAAAAAAACAAUAAAAAGAACAUAUUUUAUAUUCCAAAGAUUUAACGCCAAAGGAUGGGGUCGAGCCACAGUGCAUCAAGGCCUAAAAGCGGCCAACGAUCUAAUUUCAAUGUGAAACCAGAAACAUUGAUAAAUGGAGGCUCGAGCAUCUCCACAAUGGAUUCUUCACAUAGUCGUAAAAUGACAGAUGAAGAGAAAAACACUUACAUAAAAGAGGCUGAAUAUGAGGAUGGUAGCUUAGGAAUUAUGACUCAAGCCAGGAUAGAAGAAAUAGUUGAAAAUCUAGGACAGGAUGAACUAUUUUGUGACCCUGACUUUCCAGCUGAUAGUCAAGCAUUGUUCUACAGUGAAGAUAAACAUUCCACUGGGAAGAGUAUAAUUUGGAAAAGGCCAAAGGAUUUGAUGGAAGAAUGGCAAACUCCUCAGUUAAUGAUUGAUGGGAUGACAAGAGAUGAUAUAAAGCAGGGAAUUCUGGGAGAUUGCUGGUUCCUCUCCUCAUGUGCUGCAGUGUCACAGAGACCAAAGUACAUGAAAAAGAUAAUGCAGAAGGACCAGCCUCUUGUUGGAGAUGGUUACAAGGGAAUUGUGCAUUUCAAAUUCUGGAGAUUUGGUCAGUGGUCAGAUGUUUAUAUUGAUGACAGGCUACCAACAAAGGAUGGAAAACUUAUCUAUGCCUCAUGUACAGAUCCACAAGAGUUCUGGGUCUCUCUCAUAGAAAAGGCUUAUGCAAAGUUGCAUGGGUCUUAUGAAGCUAUAGACGGAGGACAAACUAUGGAUGCGCUGGUAGACUUAACGGGAGGCCUUGCAGAGAGAUACGAGAUAGAGCCGAAAGAUCCAAAUUUGUACAGACAGAUUCUCAGGGCAAGCAAAUCAGAGGCAUUUAUCACAUGUUCAAGAAAGGGAGAUUGGAGGUUAAGUAACAAGGCUGACCCAAAUGGUUUAGUUUCUGGACAUGCAUACACCAUUACAGGGAUAGAGAAGAUUCAGCAUAAGAUGGGUGAAGAUAAAUUGGUACGAAUACGAAACCCAUGGGCUGAUGGUACUGAGUGGAAGGGCUCGUGGAGUGAUAAUGACAUUAACUGGACGUGGGUUGAUGAAGAAACCAAAGAACAUCUUGGGCUGAAGUCUAAAGAUGACGGUGAAUUCUGGAUGUCAUAUAAGGAUUUUUGUCGCCAUUUCUCUGAGGUGACGAUCUGUUUAAUGGGGCCGGACUUUGAUGGAGAUGGGAUAUCAGAUCAAGCAGGUCAUUUUGAGGUUAUACGCGGAGAGUGGCUAUUAGGCAGUAGUGCUGGUGGGUCGAGGAAUGACCUGCAGAAGUUUGCAACAAAUCCACAAUUUUUAUUGACUUUAACAGAUCCAGAUGAUUUUAAUGAAGAAACAGAUGAUCCUGACAGUGAGGGCAAGUGCAGUAUAGUCAUAUCUCUGAUGCAAGAACAUCGUCAGUCUCGGAGAAACGUUAAAGUGAAACGUUUACAAAUAGGUUUUAUGUUAUAUCAGACAGAUGAUACUGAACAUUCUUUACCUGCAAGAUAUUUCAAAUAUCAUCCAGAUUGUGGUAAAUCAGGAGUGUAUAUAAACUUUCGCGAAGUAAGUGGACGUUUUGAACUGAAUCCAGGACAUUAUGUGAUAAUUCCUUCUAGUUUUAAACCUGAUGACCAGUCUGCAUUUAUGCUGCGUGUGUUCGGAGAAAAGAAAUUUGGAUUGAAAGGACCAUUGCCGCCUGCACCAGAACCUGAAUGAACCCCGAUUUGUAUGUAUGGGUGCGACUGUAUCCUGGCAUUACCUCCAAGGUGGUUCGAGAAUCUUUCACAAAGCAAAACUCCUGCAGUGUUUUUUAUUCCUCAGAAAAUAUUCUCUCACCUUUAAGAAUGGUGCUAGAAAAGUGUACCUCACGCUUUAAAUUCAAGUGCUCAGAAUAGCAGGUAAACAUGGAGGUACCCUGACUUUACCUUCAACGAGAACCAAGAAACAUUUACUAACAUUACUUUAUUUAUUUUACCCGAUUUCUACCAUUGAAAUUGAUGUGAAAAUGCAGAGAAAAUGGGCAAUUUAGUGUUCUGUUUAUUGUACUGAGUUGUGCAGUAAUUGAAAAUUUGAAUGAAAUACCAGAAUUCACAUGAAAGAUCUUUAAUAAAAACCAUAAUUUCCAAGGUUGUUGUAUAUCAAGCAAAACUUUAUUGUAAUGUUAUUCAUAUGUAUUGCUCAUGUAUCUUCACUAAAUAUUUAAGAAUUUAACACUAUUUUCACUUCAUUCUGUUAAUUUAAUAUAACACCUGGCUCAAGAUUGUUUGAAAAUCAAUAUUUAAUAGGAUACUUGACCUGAUUUAGAGCUUCAUCAAAGAAGAUUCUGUGUGUAGAUCUGAAUACAUUGUAGAAAUGAUAUUGGAGAUUCAAAAAUAUGAUACAUGUACAUACAAAUUCAAAAUGUGCCACAUUUUCUUUAUGGAUUUGUUUGCUUGAUCAUAUACUUUAUGGAUUGUUUAUGUGAGGAAGCUACCCUUACAGAAGAAAAAGGCCUGCUGCGUACUCUUGCUGUGUACAUACAGCGUAUAUGAUGCGUACAUGAUGUGUACUGAAAUCAAGGGCUUUAAAUAGUACGCAGGAUAUACACCGCACAUACACCAGUACGUUUGUAGUACACUUUUGACAUGCAAAUGAGCUCUGCCGCGUACUACUUGCUGCGUACAUGCUGUGGACUACAUAGUACACAGGAUGUACGCUGGAGGAAUUUAGUAUGCGGGAAAUAGUACGCAGCAUGUACGCGGCACAUACACUUUUCACAUGCAAAUGAGCCUGCGUUGUACUAGCCCUGCGGCGUACAUGCUGUGUACUCCUGCAGCAUACAUGCUGUGUACUCCUGGCCCGAGUCCUGCGGCAUACAUGCUGUGUACUCCUGCUGCAUACAUGCUGUGUACUCUUGUGGCGAAACUGCUGUGAUAAUGUAAAUUCCUUACCCCACCAACUUUUGUAUGCAAAUGCUGAUCAUUUGGACAGAAAAAAACAGAAAAAAGAUAAGUGACAUGCAUCAAUAAGUAUUUACCCUUACCAUAAUAAUGUAGAUUGAUAUUAUCAAAUAAAUUAGUAUGCUUUUCUUCAUCCACUUUUCAAUGAAAUAAAUCAAUUUUUGUAGCAUGUAAUUUGGUAAACAUUUGAAGAAAAUGGCGCAACUGCAUCAAGGGGAAACAACUUUAAUGCAACGAAAUAUAAGUGUUAUGAUUUAUUAUAGACGAUGUGUGCGUAGUAUGUAUUUAUAUUGAUUAAAAUCCAUCUGAGAACAAUCUAGGACUGGAAUUAUAUAAGCAUUUACAUGUAUACACUUUUACGUCUGUAAAAAGUAGCGCACCAAAAAAUUUUGGAUUGAUUUUUAGCUCGACUAUUCAUAGAAUAGUGAGCUAUUGCACUCGCCCAUGCGUCGGCGUCCGCGUCGGCGUCCGCGUCCGCGUCCGCGUCCCGAUUUUGGUUAAGGUUUUGUAUGUAAGCUGGUAUCUCAGUAACCACUUGUGGGAAUGGAUUGAAACUUCACACACUUAUUCACUGUGACAAACUGACUUACAUUGCACAGGUUCCAUAACUCUAUUUUGCUUUUUUACAAAAUUAUGCCCCUUUUUCGACUUAGAAAUUUUUGGUUAAGGUUUUGUAUGUAAGCUGGUAACUCAGUAACCACUUGUGGGAAUGGAUUGAAACUUCACACACUUAUUCACUGUGAUGAACUGAUCUACAUUGCACAGGUUCCAUAACUCUAUUUUGCUUUUUUACAAAAUUAUGCCCCUUUUUCGACUUAGAAAUUUUUGGUUAAGGUUUUGUAUGUAAGCUGGUAUCUCAGUACUUACUAAUGGGAAUGGAUUGAAACUUCACAUACUUGUUCACUAUCAUGAUCGACAUGCACUAAGCAAGUCCCAUAACUCUACUCUCUUUUUUUUCAAAAUUAUGCCCCUUUUUCGACUUAGCAGUUUUUGGUUAAAUUUUUGUAUGUAAUCUGAUAUCUCAGUAUCUACUAAUUGGAAUGGAUUGAAACUUCACACACUUGUUCACUGUCAUGAUCUAACAUGCACUGUGAAGGUCCCAUAACUCUACUUGGCAUUUUUACAAAAUUAUGCCCCUUUGACUUAGCAGUUUUUUGUUAAGUUUUUAUAUGUAAGCUGGUAUCUCAGUAUCCACAAAUUGGAAAGGAUUGAAACUUCACACACUUGUUCACUGUCAUGAUAUGACAUGCAGUACAGAGGUUCAAUACCUCUGCUUUGCAUUUUACAAAAUUAUGCCCCUUUUUCAACUUUUGUAUUCAUUCAGUUGACAAGGCUGUUGAAUAGUCGAGCGUUGCUGUCCUCCGACAGCUCUUGUUUCCAAUGGGGCGAGUGCAAUUAGCCAAAAACGUUCUGAAAAUAUACGAGCGGCAAAUCAGAUGAACAACUUUUUAAUCUGGUGAGGCCUAAAUGAGUUAACAUAAUUAGCAUUAAAGCCUUUAUAAAACAUGAUAGAAUGGUGUUUUGCUUAAGAGUAUUCAAAUUACAGUGAGAGCUAUUAAUUCUUCUCAUUCAGGCGCUGUUGAGGCAUAUAUAUCUUGGUAAUUAUUUCAUGUAUUACAAAAUGUAAUGCAACGAAGUUCAAAUAAGGCUUUUCAAUUAUCCAAGUUAGAAAGCUCCAGGAUUAAUUCAAAAUGAAAAAGAAUAUAUUUUUACACUGCAUGCAAGGUGCAGCUCAGAAAUCACUAAGAUGUAAGCUUCACAAAUGAACAUUGCAAAUAGUAAAUGGUAAAUUUUCAUUGUUCAGAAUACCGGGAAUCUGAACUAUUCUAUGCUAUUAAGAUAAAAGUUACUCGGAAAUCAAGUUCUUGCUUCCAAAAAAAAAAAAAAUGUACAAAUCCUUCCUGCAUGAAGUGUACUUCAGACUUUUACCUAAAAAAAUUCAAAGUAUAAACACCAAAAGAAAAUGAACAAGUCCCUCCCGCGUAUAUGAAGUUUACUUCAGACUUUAACUUAUAAAAAAAAAAAACUAAGUAUAAAUGCCAAAAGAAAUUGUACAAGUCUUUUCCGCGUAUAUGAAGUGUACUGCACAAAUUUCAAAGUAUCUGCGGUGUACAUGCAGUGUACUAUUUUCUUGUACAAGUCCCUCCUGCGUACAUGCAGUGUACUCCUUAAAUUUUCAGAGUCUGUGCUGCAUACUUGAAGUGUACUAGUGACCUCCUGCGUACAUGCUGUGUACUCGUCGAAAUAGUACGCGGCAUGUACACGGCAUGCGGUGUAUGUAAAAUGUACUCCUCUGGCAUACUACUGUGUUCGCGGCAUAUACACAGCAAAUGCGCAGCAUGUACGCCACAGAGGCUUGCUUCUGUAAGGGUAUCCAGCUGACAUGCAAAAGGUUGGUGGUUCUACCCAGAUUCCUGUCUGAAAUUAGGGCUAGAAGGGCUUUUGGGUUUUCUUUCACCUUCAUAGGCUGGAAAGUUACAAGUUAGUUGUGAACUGUCUUGGUGGAACUGAAAAAAAAAACCCAUCAUUUUGUCCAAAAUGGCUUCUUUUGGAACAUGAAUACUUGGUUUCCUUAAAAAAUGGGAAUAUAUCUGUAUAUUGACAUUUUAUUUCAUGUAUUAAUAAAUCCUUGAAAAUGUUUCACAGCAUAAGUCUGUGUAGGAUGUAAAUGUUGCUCAUACUGUUGCUACAUUGUACAAUCAUAACAUGUUAGUUUACAUGUGUUUUGAUACUAUUACAAUACCUGUCAAGUUUCUAAAAUAUGAAAGAGUGAGAUUUGUGCGAGUCGUGGGGGAUGGGUGUAAGAAAUUGUUUGUGCACCCUGCCAUGAGUGGUGGGGGCAUAUAGAUUUGGUCUUGUCCGUCCGUCCGUGCAUCCGUCUGUCCGAAGUUCGUGACGCACCUAGCUCAAAAAGUAUUUGACAUAAAUUGAUGAAACCUUGCAUGAGUCUUUAUCAUGAUAUGAACUUGCGCACCUCCUAUUUUUCAUCUGGCUCCGCCCCCUAUUUUUAGAGUUAUGGCCCCUGAAAUAGUGAAAAAUGCACAUUUUCACCUUGUGACAUGCCUAGCUCAAAAAGUAUUUGAUAUAGAUUCAUGAAACCUUGCAUGAGUCUUAAUCAUGAUAUGAACUUGCGCACCUCCUAUAUUUCAUUUGAGUCCACUCCCUAUUUUCAGAGUUAUGGCCCCUGAAAUAGUCAAAAAUGCACAUUUUUACCUUGUGACAUGCCUAGCUCAAAAAGUAUUUGAUAUAGAUUCAUUAAACCUUGCAUGAGUCUUAAUCAUGAUAUGAACAUGCGCACCUCCUAUUUUUCAUUUGGGUCCGCCCCCUGUUUUUAGUUAUGGCCCCUGAAAUAGUCAGAAAUGUACAUUUUCACCUUGGGACGCACCUAGCUCAAAAAGUAUUUAAAAUAAAUGGUUGAAAACUUGCAUAAGUCUUUAUCAUGAUAUAAACUUGCACACCUCUAAUUUUUUGGCUGGCUCCACCCCCUAUUUUUAAAGUUAUAGCCCCUGAAAUAGUAAAAAAAAUGCACUUUUUCACCUAAUUAUGUGCCUAGCUCAAAAAGUAUUAGAUGUAAAUUCAGGAAACCUUGCUUGAGUCUUUAACAUGAUAUGACCUUGCACACUUGGCAUUCUUCUUGAGAAUCUUAGCUCUUAUUACAGAGUUAUGGCCCUUGAAAUAGCCAAAAUAGUGGAUUUUUUGUUUGACGCCCAUAGCUCAAAAAGUAUAAGGCCUAGAAUAAUGAAUCCUUUUCAUAAAAUGUUUGUUGAGGCUGUACCCCAUUAAGACUGCAGACAUUUGAAUUAUUGCCCCUUAUUUGUGACAGAUACCAGUGGGGGUUGGGGGAUGGGGGUCACACCCUGUGUCCUACAGACACAUUCUAGUUUUAAAUAUACAUGAAAAUAUGCAUUCUGGUGCUUUCUGAGACCAUUAAUAUGAAUUUCAGGUCCACCCUUUUUUGCCUUGCUUUAACACAUUCUAUAUGGAAAACACAUGAUUUUUUUGUUUAAUUUUAUUUCAUGAUAGAUCUAUACAAGAAAAUUUAGUUUUCUAAAAAAACAAAUAAAAUAAAUAAUGUGAUUUUGUCAGUGAAACUGUUUUGAGUUUUUAUUACAGCCGUGAUAUAAAAUGUAUCUAUGAAGUUCAACCUAAAUGUUUAAUACAAACAAACGUUUCACUGAUCUACAUAUUCUACUUUCGAUUUGAAAUGUACUUUCGGUUUGAACCUGGACCGGAAAAACGGUUGUGCAUACAACUUACUUCCUACAUAGCUUGCAGAAAGCCAAACAAGGUCCAUUGUCUGCUUUUCUAAGCUAAGGAAAUUCCAGUUCCCACGCGUUGUUAUAUUUUGACGAAUAUAAUUCUUCUUUUUUUCUGGCGUCUUCAUGUUUUUUUUUAGUGUCGGUCAAGGUCAGGUGCAUGAAUGGUUCUAAUACUUUUCCGACAUGAAUGCAACAUCCACGAAUAGCAUAAAUAGUAACCAGUCAGUCAGUAUCAGUGAUUUACGUAAUUGGCUCGUAGUCAUUCGGAACUUAACGCAUCAAUUUGAUUGGUACAGUCUCUCUCGGGAAGCUUCGGUUAAAGCAAAAACUGGCUUGAACCAGUUUCGGCAGGUCUGUUACGUAAUCAGUACAUUAAAAAUGACACUUGACAUGUGUUUUGUGUUUAUUGUUGUCUCAUCCUGUCUAAAAUAACGAUGCCAGAUGGCAAAUUAGAGAAAAUAAUUAAGCGGCCCACAAAUUUUUUGGUCUGAUUUUUUAAGAAAGCGUGAGAAAAUGCUCCAAAUUCGUUAAGUCGUGAUCAAACCUUGAAUUCGUGAGAAUCACGAUUCAAGCGUCAGACUUGACAGGUAUGAAUUUCUCACUAUGCUACUUUUCCACAAAAUCAUGAUAUUACUCAGUGCUUUGAUACAGUAUAAUGCUGAUAAGCCAUGUUGGCAUGGCGACUUGACUCGGUAUCAAUCUGCUACUUCCUUGCUUUAAGAGUUGCAUCCAUACUGACAAUGAUUUUGUACUUUAAGAAUGCUCAUCUUGAAAAGGGGAACAAUUUGUUUGUAGAAAUCAGUAUUUUUGUUAUAAUAAUGAAGACUUGGUAAUAUUUAGAAGAGUUUUAUUUUUACCAGUAAAACAUUGAUUCUAAUUCUGGAGGAUAAUUGUUAGUAUUUUCUGCAAAAGUAAUGUUUGUAUUAUAUCCAGUAAUAGUUUUAGCAUUAUUUCAAAUAAUAGUGCUAGCAUUAAUUCAAGUAACAGUGUUAGCAUGAACUUAAGUAACAAUCAGAAUUUUCUCCAAUAAUUGUGUUGAGGAAUAUGAAGUUUGAAUUAUUAAUGACACAAAUAAGUCAAAAGUUUUGAGAAAAUUUCCCCACAGUCUUGUUUUAGGAGGUGGGGAGGGUGGUGGUGGGGGAGGAGAUGAGAUGCAUUCUUUAUUUUUAUCUCAAGUAAAUGAAUCAGGACAUUCUGCCAAGUAUUUGCCAGUUGCAACGAGUCAGGUCUGUACCUUCAAACGCAAAGACAUUAGACACUAAACCACAUGCAAGGGCACUCUUGUUUUGGGGCUUUGUCACUUGAUGAUAACCUUCAUUAAAGUUGCUCAAUAACUGUGAUAUGUAAUCUUUAUAUUUUCUUAUUAUUGUUAAAUUACUAAAUGAAAAUCUUAUUUGUAUGUUUGUGAUGUUUGGGAUUAAAGCAGCCACAAAGUUGAGGAAAAUUAGUGGCCAAUCAGCAUAUUCCAUGUUUUUCAGUGAAUUAUUGAAAUAUAAGCAUGAAAUAUAUCUGGUAUUUUCACUGGUUAGACAGUGCAAAAUGGGUAGAGGUUUAUUUAAAACAUGAAAUUAAAAAAGAAAAUUUGAUUGUUGUACAUGUAAGAUCAAAAUAUUUUUCAGUCUGGAACAGUAUUAUAUCUUACAUGCCUUUGUGAAAAUAUUGCUUCUGAUGUUCAAUUGUGGAAGAUUUCACAUAAUAGUGGGAGAGGUUCUGUCCAUAUAUUUGUAUAAAAGUCACUGGAUUCAAAUUUUACAAAGUCUGAUGUUUGCAACAUCAAAAAAAUACAUGUCCAAAAAUAGCAAAUUUGUCUGAUGUUACAGUCUUACUAUAGUAGAAUUCCAUUACAAAAUAUGUUUAACUUACUAUAGUUGUUUUAUCAUAUAAAGACGUAUAAAUAUUGUGCAAUAGUGUCACUUUUUAAACAUUUUGAAAUUGAUUGUUUUUCAUAAUUGAUUGUAUUAUAUUAAUUAGUGCUGUGUUUUUAAUUUGCUAGUCUUAUAUAUUAUAUAUAUAUAUAGAGUUCUUAACCCUUAUCUUGCUAAAUUUCUAAAAUGGACUUGUCCAUCAUUCAAUUUGGGCAAUACCAUUUAUUAUUUGAAGGGGUGUUCACUGAAAAUUUACUAACUGAAUGGCGAACAGUGCAGGUAUGGACGUGCAUGAACUGCUAAAUUUCUAUAAUGAACUUGUCCAUCUUUCAAUGUGGACAGUAUCAUUAAUUGUAAAAGGGGUGCUUACCAAAAUGAUACUGACUAAAUGGCGAACAGUGCAGACCAUGAUCUGUGCAGGCUGAUCUUGGUCUGUACUGGUUGCAAAGGCAGAAUCACUUGCCGCCAGCAGGCUAAGGGUUAAAUGUUCAAACUUUAGAAAAGGCACUUUGAGUGUUUAAUCAGUAGUAUUUGUCUAAAUUCAGUCACUGUGGUCGUGUUUUGACUUUUACAUCAAAAUGCAUUUUAAUGUAUCAAAUAAAAUACAGAAGUAGUACCUGUUCUUUGUAAAGUAUGAAAUUUCAAACUGGUGUUAUAGGUUAAGAAUAAUGAAAACAUUUGCAAAAGUUAUUCUUAUAAUUUCAAAAUGUAUGUAACAAUUUGUUAUUCUAAAGCUAUUGUCUUCCAUCUUGGCAUCACAUGACUGUACAUGUAAUGGAUACAGAUAAAUAUAUUUCAUAUUGGCAGUUUCAAAAUUAAGUGUUAUUUCCUAUAUGUCAGAUUAAUGGUAAACUUUGUUGGCUGAUAAGAGAUCCUCCAUGAAAUUUAGGGACAAUAAACACUUGAGUCACUAUUCUUCUCUAUGUAAAUGUUGUAAGUCAUUCUGAUCCCCUAGAUCUAUAAGGUUGUUUACUACAAACAGGAUGUAUAUUUUGAGAGCACCUACUUGAAAAUUCAUAUUAUACUUGCCUAUUGGCUUUUCCAGUGUGAUUUUCUAGCUUGGUACUCUUCCAAGUAUACCUCCAUAGUGUACAGAAAAAUGUCAAAUAACAUUAAGUCAAAUUCAAUGGGACAGGCAAAAUUAGUUCGAUCUGUCGGGAGUUCAAGCUUUGGAACUGUAUACAUAUAUAGGAAUUUUGCUGGGACAUGCUGAAGGGUUUGAGCGAAGGGUUGUGUUCAGGGAGCUGUAGACUAGUGGUUAAGGUGUCGGCCACUCAACCCGGGGAUCAUAGGUUUGAGCCCCACUGGGGUCACGUCCAUGACUUCUCAUAUGAUUCCAAUACUGGUUUUUCCAAGAAGCGGACCCGAGAGUGGUUCAAAUUAGCUUAAAGCUUCAUCACGAUCGAACUAAAAUAAAUUAGUAUAAACUAAACUAAUUAUCCAAGUUCAAGCGAACGCAGUUCGACUGUAAUAGUACUCAUGAGCUUAUAUCAUUGAAUGGCUUAGCAGUCAACAGUUGAAAUGGGAAGUUUAAUUACAUGAUAACGGUUUUAUUUUAAAAUUUUUUGCUUAUUAGCCUGGAAAUAUAGAUUUUUAUAUAUGGGACGCAUUAUGGAAACGCCCUUGGAGGGGGGGGGGAUGGCAGGGGGUCGGUGCCUGCAAACUUUGUCCGGAGCAUUUCUUCUUCAUGUGUCGAGGGAUUUUUCUGUAACUUGGCGUAAAUGUUCGUCGUCAUGAAAUGGAGUGUCUUGUGCAAGAACCAGGUCCCUAGGUUUAAGGUCAAGGUCACACUUAAAGGUUAAAGUUCAGAUACAAGAACAACUUAACAAGCUCUCGACUGGCGUAUUUUGUGACUAUGCCACCCUUGUUUUUCUUCAAAUUUGUGACAUAUGUGUUUGCCAAUGUAUACAGUGCUUUCCUAUAUUUUAACAUAAUACUUCAUACUCUUAUUUGCUUUAUUAGCUCACCUGUCGCAAAGUGACAAGGUGAGCUUUUGUGAUCGCGCGGUGUCCGUCGUCCGACCGUGCGUGCGUCAGUCCGUAAACUUUUGCUUGUGACCACUCUAGAGGUCACAUUUUUCAUGGGAUCUUUAUGAAAGUUGGUCAGAAUGUUCACCUUGAUGAUAUCUAGGUCAGCUCGAAACUGGGUCACGUGCCAUCAAAAACUAGGUCAGUAGGUCUAAAAAUAGAAAAACCUUGUGACCUCUCUAAAGGCCAUAUAUUUCACAAGAUCUUCAUGAAAAUUGGUCAGAACGUUCACUUUGAUGAUAUCUAGGUCAAGUUCGAAACUGGGUCACGUGCCAUCAAAAACUAGGUCAGUAGGUCAAAUAAUAGAAAAACCUUGUGACCUCUCUAGAGGCCAUAUUUUUCAUGGGAUCUGUAUGAAAGUUGGUCUGAAUGUUUAUCUUGAUGAUAUCUAGGUCAAGUUUGAAACUGGGUCACGUGCCAUCAAAAACUAGGUCAGUAGGUUAAAUAAUAGAAAACCUUGUGACCUCUCUAGAGGCCAUAUUUUUCAUUGGAUCUGUAUGAAAGUUGGUCUGAAUGUUCAUCUUGAUGAUAUCUAGAUCAAGUUCGAAACGGGGUCACGUGCGGUCAAAAACUAGGUCAGUAGGUCUAAAAAUAGAAAAACCUUGUGCCCUCUCUAGAGGCCAUAUAUUUCAUGAGAUCUUUAUGAAAAUUGGUCAGAAUGUUCACCUUGAUGAUAUCUAAGUCAAGUUCGAAAGUGGGUCACGUGCCCUCAAAAACUAGGUCAGUAGGUCAAAUAAUAGAAAAACCUUGUGACCUCUCUAGAGGCAAUGUUUUUCAUGAGAUCUGUAUGAAAGUUGGUCUGAAUGUUCAUCUUGAUGAUAUCUAGGUCAAGUUCGAAAGUGGGUCACGUGCCGUCAAAUACUAGGUCAGUAGGUCAGAUAAUAGAAAAACCUUGUGACCUCUCUAAAGGCCAUAUUUUUCAUGGGAUCUGUAUGAAAGUUGGUCUGAAUGUUCAUCUUGAUGAUAUAUAGGUCAAGUUUGAAACUGGGUCAACUGCGAUCAAAAACUAGGUCAGUAGGUCUAAAAAUAGAAAAACCUUGUGACCUCUCUAGAGGCCAUACUUGUGAAUGGAUCUCCAUAAAAAUUGGUCAGAAUGUUCAUCUUGAUGAUAUCUAGGUCAAGUUCGAAAGUGGGUCACGUGCCAUCAAAAAGUAGGUCAGUAGGUCAAAUAAUGAAAAAACGUUGUGACCUCUCUAGAGGCCAUAUUUUUCAUGGGAUCUGUAUGAAAGUUGGCCUGAAUGUUUAUCUUGAUGAUAUAUAGGUCAAGUUUGAAACUGGGUCAACUGCGAUCAAAAACUAGGUCAGUAGGUCUUGAAAUAGAAAAACCUUGUGACCUCUCUGGAGGCCAUACCCUUAAAUGGAUCUUCAUGAAAAUUGGUCAGAAUGUUCAUCUUGAUGAUAUCUAGGUCAAGUUUGAAACUGGGUCACGUGCCUUGAAAAACUAGGUCAGUAGGUCAAAUAAUAAAAAAACCUUGUGACCUCUCUAGAGGCCAUACUUUUCAUGGGAUCUGUAUGAAAGUUGGUCUGAAUGUUCAUCUUGAUGAUAUCUAGGUCAGGUUUGAAACCUGGUCAACUGUGGUCAAAAACUAGGUCAGUAGGUCUAAAAUUAGAAAAAUCUUUUGACCUCUCUAGAGGCCAUAUUUUUCAAUGGAUCUUCAUGAAAAUUGGUCUGAAUGUUCACCUUGAUGAUAUCUAGGUCAGUUUCGAAACUUGGUCACGUGCGGUCAAAAACUAGGCUAGUAGGUAUAAAAAUAGAAAAACCUUGUGACCUCUCUAGAGGCCAUAUUUUUCAUGAGAUCUUCAUGAAAAUUAGUGAGAAUGUUCACCUUGAUAUCUAGGUAAAGUUCAAAACAGGGUCACGUACCUUUGAAAACUAGGUCAAUAGGUCAAAUAAUAGAAAAACCUUGUGACCGCUCUAGAGACCAUAUUUUUCAAUGGAUCUUCAUGAAAAUUGAUCAGAAUUUUUAUCUUGAUAAUAUCUAGGUCAAGUUCAAAACUGGGUCACAUGAGCUCAGAAACUAGGUCACUAUGUCAAAUAAUAGAAAAAACGACAUCAUACUUAAAACUGGAUCAUGUGGGAAGAGGUGAGCGAUUCAGGACCAUCAUGGUCCUCUUGUUUUUAACAGUAUUUUCACUGUUUUAGCUAUACAGUCAAACCUGUCUAUAAAGACCACCCUUGGGAGAGCCAUAAUGUGGUCUUUUUUGGGAGGUGGUCUUUAUUCACAGGUUAAAACUCAUUGAAAAUGUUAAAAUGGGAAACAAAACAUGUGGUCUUUAGAGCCAGGUGGUCUCUGUUCAGAGGUGGUCUUUAACACAGGUUUGACUUUAUUUGCAUGUGUGAUAUUAGGAAAACUUUUAUAAGUUCAUUCCAAUUACUGAUAAGGCCUAAAAAAAAUUAUUUGUUUCCGGUAACAUGCUCAAAAAAAUUAGGGUAGGUAGGUCGGUAUUUUUUUUAGGGGGGAAUUUUUUUUUAUUAAGUAAGACUUUUCAGAAAUUAUUAUUGUGUCAAAAAAUUAAUACCAAUAAGGGGGUUAUGCCUUUAGAGCAUCAGUAAGUAGAUUUCUAACAUCAUUGACCAUGUUUAAAGCAUAAAAAGUGCAGUUUUGCAACUGAAAAAAAUCUCCAAUGCCAUAAAAUGAUUUAGGGUCGGGCAAAAAAUUUAGGGUAGGUCAGGAUACCGGAAAAAAAAAAAUUUCUUUAGGCCAAUUCCAUAAACAAAUAAAUAUUGUUAAGUUCAUAUGCAGUAAAAUGUUAAAAAAGAUCCUAAUGGAUUGCUGCAUUUGUGUUAAAUAAUUUUAUUAUGGUUGUGAUAAUUAUGUAUGCUUAUUUCUUGUCAAGUAUGGUGCUAUAUCACGAUGUGUGUAAUUCUCAUGGAAAUAAAUGCAAAUGAAUAUAAUUUGAAAUACCACACAGCUGGUGUAAAAAGAGCAGUUAUUUUCAGUGAGGGUAGUGCACCACUAAAUGGUUACCAUAGCAUGCUUUCUGACAGUUUCUAUUUUUCCAGUAUGCUUUAAAAUAGUUCCUAUACUUAUGGACAUUUCCUGUAUUUUUACUAGUUUUUCUAGACUUAUAUGUAAUAUUUAACUGUAACAUUAUCCACUAACAAAAAUAGCAGAUAUUCUCAGAAAAAAAGAAAUAUAAGGUAAAUACUGUUUAACAAUGAACAUUUUGAAAAUCAUAAACUAUUCAUGUAAGAUUUACAGAGUUGUUGGCAUAGUAUAUAAAAAAACAAUCGGGAUGUCUACUAGUUUUUCACUCUUCUGACAUGCAGUUUUAAUUACUGACAAUCCUUUCUGUAGUACUUGUUUGUGCUUCAUUUUUAGUAGUUUUUUGGUAUUGUUAUUUCUGAACAAAUUGAUGUAUUUAUGUAUUUUAUUCAUAUAGCAUUUCAUACUAUUUUGGAGAUAUUAUUUGAUAUAAAAACAGAAUUUUAAAAUGAAA